AUGUCUGUCCGUGAAUUUUCACCACUGUUUUCUUGGGGAUUCAGCCUCCGUCGAUCAAAGUGGCUUAUUCCUCUCUUCAACAACAACGUUUUCAGUUUCGGUACCAGUGCCGUUAAUGACGGUCCUUACGGAUACAAGAAGAGCAGCAACAAUCGUCGAGAGAAGUCCACAAGCACAGUCAAUCAAAAAGAGUCUACAAUGGUAAGAACGAAGAAUGAACCAAGCGAUUUAUUUGAAGGCAUUGAAAAAAUUCAAGUAGUGACUGAGAUUGGUAAUAAUGUGUGUGCUGUUAGAAUCGAAGAAACCUCAGAAGAAGCCAAACAACGAGAAUUGGAACAAAAGAAGAAGGAACACGAAGAAGCAAAGAGAAAGGAACAAGAAAGAUAUAGACAAUUAUCUGAUGGAGCUAUCAUUGAUUUAUUAGAGAAUGGAAAGCUCGCUCUCUACAAUCUCGAAGAUAAGCUUGGAGAUAAGAAGCGUGCUGUUAAAAUCCGUAGAAUGUUCCUUGCAGCAAAAAUCAAUCCACAAGAUGAAACAAUACUAGAUACACUUCCUUAUGCUAAUGAUUUAAAUUAUGAUCAUGUGUUUGGAGCUUGUUGUGAAAGUGUGGUUGGUUAUGUUCCUUUACCUGUUGGUAUCGUUGGUCCAAUAAUAAUUGAUGGUAAGCCAUAUCAUAUUCCAAUGGCUACUGUUGAAGGCUGUCUUGUUGCCAGUACUCAUAGAGGUUGCAAGGCUCUUUCGAGCUCAUUAGAAGGAGGAGUGAACAGUGUCAUCCUCUCAGACGGAAUGACUAGAGGUCCAGUCGUUCAAUUCGCUAAUGCAAAGAGAUGUUAUGAACUCAAACAAUACAUUGAGAAUCCAGAAAAUUUCCAAACCAUUUGCCGAGUUUUCAACAGUGAUUCUCGUUUUGCUAGAUUAUUAGAAAUUAAGGUCGGUAUUGCUGGAAGAAAGGCUUUCUUGAGAUUUAAAUGUAGGACGGGUGAUGCCAUGGGUAUGAAUAUGAUCUCUAAAGCCACACAAAAAGCAUUGAAAUUUUUGAAACACGAACUCUUCCCUGAUAUGGAUAUUUUAAGCUUGAGUGGUAACUACUGCACAGACAAAAAGCCAUCAGCAAUGAACUGGAUUGAAGGAAGAGGAAAAUCUGUGGUUGUUGAUGCUACUAUUCCAGCAGAUGUUGUGAAAUCAGUUCUCAAGACUACUGUAGACGAAAUUGUGAGUCUCAAUGUGAGCAAGAACUUGAUUGGAAGCGCUAUGGCUGGCUCUAUUGGUGGUUUCAACGCUCAUGCCGCUAACAUUGUGACCGCCAUCUUUUUAGCAACUGGUCAAGACGCUGCUCAAAACGUCGAAAGUUCGAAUUGUAUGACAAUAAUGGAAAAGACUCCAGAAGGACAUUUAUAUGUAAGCGUGACUAUGCCAUCCAUCGAAGUUGGAACUGUUGGUGGUGGUACUCACUUGGAUGCUCAAAAGACCUGUCUCAAGAUUAUGGGAGUUGCAGGCGCAAAUAUGGAAAACCCAGGUCAAAAUGCUCAAACGCUUGCCAAGUGCGUGGCCAGUACCGUCAUGGCAGGUGAACUUUCUUUAAUGGCUGCUCUUGCUGCUGAUCAUUUAGUUUCUGCCCACAUUGCUCACAACAGAAAGAAGUAA